CUGCUGUGGUUUAAUACCCAUUGAACUCCAAGAGUUUAUGAUUGAUCAGCACAGUAAGAGGAAGCUAACCAUUCCCGAAUUCGAGGCGAUUGCUGUUGACCAACAAUCAACACUGACGCCAACUAGUCUUGAUCCAACUUUUUUUCCAGGCUCAACAAAUAUAAAUGUUGAAUCAGAGGUGAUGUUUGCCAUGCCAAAUGCAAGAGAGCCAAGUUCGUCAAAAAAAAAAUUAAUACAAAAAGGUACGAUACACCUCAUUUCGCUAUGGCGUGUGAUAGGUUUGGAAUCGGUUAUAGGGUUGCUUCUUUUUUGGCCAUAUCGCUUUUUCAAAGAUAUUGACUUUUAAAAUGAAAAUGGGGAACCAAUAAUUGUGGACAAAUCUAAAGUUUAACGUUAAAUAAAGAAAUGUAGAGAUUCUCUUCGAAGAAAGCAACGCAAUGACUGUGAUCUGGUAUCCUUCUUCUUUGAUGGCAGAAAAAACAACUCUCUGACGAGCGAAGAAGAAAAUGAAAGAUAUCAUCCGAGAAUGGUAAAAUAAUCACAUUUAGUGGUUCUUAAAGAGCCUGAGAGCAGAUUGUUGCGUUACGUAAAAGUCGACGCCGAGGACGCUAAAACAAAACAGAGGCAAUUGUGCGAGUUCCUUAUACUAGAAAAAAAUAUGUCGCUUGAGAGACUGAUUGGACUUUACUGUGAUGGAGAAGCAACAAACACAGGUUCUGAAAAUGGAAUUUUAAGGAAAUUCGAAGUCAAGUUGAAUAGUGAAUGAAUAGUGGGAUAUUAACAAAGCAAAUCGAAACAUGCGAGCAGAUGGCGGCUGUACCUGACUUUGAGGCCAUUUCGUUGGGAGAUAUGCCUCCACCCAUUCAUGAAAAAACGAUCUCGACUGACGUUCAGAACUUGUAUCGAAUGGCAAAUGUAGUUUGUGAUGGUUUCUGCACCGAAAAUUUAGCCAGUAUGAAACCGGGACAAAUUGUGCACUAUCGAUGGAUAACAAAGGUUGACCUGCGGCAUAUGGAUGAACAGCAGGGUAAUAACAUUGUAGAUGUCGGAGUAGAUCUAUCUGAGUUCUAUAUGUCUGUGGAGUGGGAUAUUCUUGAAGUUCCAGCGGUCAGAUAA